GAAAGAACUAUGUCCAACCACUCUACCGUGACAGAAUUUCUUCUCAUGGGAUUCUUUUCUGACCGUGAUAUAGAACUUCUACAUUUUGUCAUGUUUCUAUCCAUUUACUUAAUAGCUUUAAUUGGAAAUUUUCUGAUUGUGAUUGUUGUAAUCCUGAACCACCACCUUCAUACCCCCAUGUAUUUCUUUUUGGUCAACCUGUCCCUGACUGAUAUUUGUUACAUCACAACCACUGUCCCCAAAUCAAUGGCAGUUUCACUGACAGGUAACAAAGUAAUUACUCUCCCUGCAUGUGUUGCUCAGGUUUUCUUAGUUUUGACUUGUGCAGGUUCUGAGAUUGCCUUGCUUACCAUCAUGGCUUAUGACCGGUACAUUGCCAUCUGCAAUCCUUUACAAUAUAGUUUCAUCCUGACCUGGAAUAUGUGCAACCUAAUGGCAGUGGCUUCCUGGAUCAGUUCGCUGGUACAUGCAUCACUUCAAACUGUCAUGACUUUCCAAUUAAACUUCUGUGGGCAAAACAAGAUUGAGCAGUUUUUCUGUGAUAUUCCUCAGUUACUAAAAAAUUCUUGCACUGAUGCAAAAGUUAACCACAUUUUGAUUUGGAUAAUUGCAUUUGUGUUGGAUUCAUUUAUUACUGCAGUCAUUUCUGCUUCUUAUGGCUAUAUUAUUUCUGCUGUGCUGAAGAUUCCAUCUGUUGAAGGCAGAUGGAAAGUUUUCUCAACUUGUAUUCCACACUUGGUUGUCUUUUCUUUAUUUAUCUUUACAGCUUUGUUUUCAUACAUGAGGCCAAUAUCUCUUUCUUCUCCCACUGUAGACUUACUUUCUGCUGUUUUGUAUACAGUUUUGCCUCCCGUUCUGAAUCCCAUCAUUUAUAGCCUCCGGAACAAGGACAUUCAAGCAGCUGUGUGGAAAUUAACAUCAACCAUGAAAAGGAAUUUCCUAAUCUGA